AUGACGCUCCCAAUAUUGGCAAAGAAAGUGAAAAAGUUGGCGUCGAGUCAACUGUUCAACCUGAAGUUGCUGCUCAACGGCGAGUCAAGUGAGAGGAAAAUGAGAGAAUAUAGGGCAAAGGUCAUAUUUUGCAGGCCGCGGCUUCUCCAAGUUCAAAAAAACAUACAAACUGAAGGGAGAGCUCGGCAGAGGCGGAUUCGGGAUCGUUUAUCGGGCCGUCAGAGUUGCCGACGACGUUCCUGUCGCCGUCAAGUUCAUCGACAGAAUGAGCGUCAAGGAGUGGGGACGAGUGAGUUCAAAGAAUAAAAAAGAUUGAUUGACUCGUCUGGUUGCAGGUCAAUGGAGAACAGGUGCCGAUGGAGAUCUGCAUGCUCAUGCGCUGCUCCAAAGUCCGAGGUGCGUCAGCGAAAGCAAAAAAUAACCGAAAAACUGGCCCAGCUGCAGGUGUAAUCCGUCUGCUCGACUGGUACAGUAUCCCUGAAGGUUUUCUGAUCGUCAUGGAGCGACCGUAUCCCUGCGUCGACAUGUUCGACUUCGUCAAAGGUCAGCAGAAGCUCGACGAAGAGGUUUGUGAUAAGAUGACGAGAAAUGACGUCACCGUCUGGUUCAGACUGCGCGAUUCCUAUUCCGACAGAUCACGCACACAAUUCAAGAAUGCUCACAGAACCGGGUCCUGCACCGAGAUAUCAAGGUAUACUGUAAAAACUACUGUUAACCUAUCCGGUGGCUUCCAGGACGAAAACGUCGUCAUCGACCUGGUCACCGGCGAAACGCGUCUCAUCGACUUCGGCGCCUCCACCAUUCUCAAGAAGUCUCACUACAGUGAUUUCCAAGGUUCGGCUUUGCUACUUUGCCUUUUCUGACUUCAAAAGUUUCGCCUUUACACCAAUCAUCGUGUAAAUUUGUCAAACCUAAGGAACAGUUGUCCUCGAAACAUCAAGUGCACCCACCUAAACCUAGAAACUUGUCUUUUCUCACGUUGCUGGUUUUUAUGUCCCUAGACUUUUCUGAAAUUAAUCGCCUAACGCGAAAAACUGAAAGGGGUUCCCUUCCAGACGAUUUCACAUAGUCUCUCACCGAUAAGAAGAGAAAAAGUCGACCCUUAAACGGUUGAUCAUCAUUUUCUCUUGUUUCGUUGACAUCCAUCUCCUCUAAAAGUUAUGUACCCAAAUCAGGUUUUCACAGGAUUGUGAUUGAGUGCGAAGUGAUCAAUUUAUUUUGUUUCAAUGCGCGCAAAAGUCAAUAGUCGAUCCCUGAAUUGAAAUAAAUAAAAUAUACUUGAUGAUCCUGUAGGCUAACAUUAGAACUAGUUUCUAGUCGAACUUUAUAGAGUAAAGUAAACAUGGAUGAUUUCCGCAAUUGUAGUCCAGUCUAUGUGAAAAGAAACGAAAAUUUUCCAUGCUCUGAGUCACUUCUAUCGACUCCUUGCCGUUCCGUGAUCUUUGAAAUAGUCAGAAACCGCGAUCUAUACGGCGUAAAUCUAAGAAAUUUUUCGGCGAAUCACGCGAAUGUAUUUGUUGGGUAGAAAAAAAAAAACGAAAAAGUUGUUGAUGGCUUUUCUUCUCUAUUCGUCGCUCGAAACCGGUUAUACUGGAAAAAUUAGGCGCAUUGAUAAACAAUACGCUAACAUGACAGAACGUUAAGCAAAUUCCACUGCUCUUUGAAAACAAAAAUCAGUUAUAAUUAUUCUGUUCAAGAACUUUCGAUUUCAGUAUGUUGAAUGUACACCAAAGAACCGUAUUUUUCUGAGAUCAAUGAAUGUCCAAGUGUGUGAAAGGGCAAGUUUUAUUUUCGAAAACGAAAAGUUCAACUGCCAGUGAAAAACUUCCAAAGAGUGCAACUUUUGCAAACAUUUUGCAAUAAGAAUCGAAGAUUUUACGCUGAAGUCAUUUUUCAUACAAAUUCAUCUUUGAAAAAAGCAACAAAUUUGUUGAAAACGUCUUGUGACCUUCGGGAUCAGUUACCCAAAAGAAUGAGUGCGAAUAGUCGCGUUAUACUUUCUCAAAAUUAAAAAGAGUUCACUUGAACGAGUUUCACAGCUGCGCAGGUCUAUUAGUCAUUGAGCUUGUUUACCAAGUGGGUAGGGCUCCGUACAACAAACUAUACAAAAAACACCUUUUCAGCACAUUUGCGUGGGUAUCGUGAAAAGCUUUUCUUCGGUGUUUCAAAAAGGAGUAAAAGAGAAAACUAUGGGGGAAGUUCAAAGCUAUAAAAUAUCAUUCUAAAAAAAGAGGUUCAUUCUGAAAGAGUUUCACAUGAAAAAAAAAAAAAAAAAACGCAAAAAGUUAAUUUUAAAAAAAUUAAAAAAAGGGAAAAAAAUCACAAUUUACGCAAACUAGAAAAAAACGCCAAUCAGUGAAACAGUGGCGCAUAGAUUCAUGAUUAUUUUUCAAUUUUUUUCAUUUUUCUUCUGCUCUCAUUUAUUAUUUUUAGGAACUCGGCUUUAUUGUCCUCCUGAAUGGUUCCUGCAUUCUCUCUACCUGGGAAGAGAAGCUGCUGUUUGGUCACUCGGCGUGCUGCUCUACAACGCUCUGAAUGGACGACUGCCGUUCCGAAAUGAAAAGGACAUUUGCACGGCGCACCUACUUGGUCCACUGCCUUUCUACGUGUCCGUUUCAGCCGGUGAGUUCUUUCUGGGGGAUCGAGAAGCGACCCUGCUGCUGAAUUUUUCAGUAAACGAAUCAACAAAGUGCACGAAAUCCUGACUUUUUGCUUUUGAAUGAAACGCCAGUCAGAAUAGAAAACCUAUUGUUGCAUGCUAACGGUUUUUUGACGUCAAGGUUUUUGAACCGUUUUCACCUUUGAAGAUUUUUUGCGUGACACAUUCUGUUGACUAUCAAUGAUGUGAAUGAUUUGGGUGGUUGACGCAAUGCAAAAAGAAAAAUCAGAAAGGGCCCCUUGGGCUGAUUUAUACAAUAAGGAUAUAACGGUUUAAAUCGGAAAAUUAUAAUUUUUUUUGACUAAAAUUCAAGAAGUUAGUUAGCGUCGAGGUUAAAAUUGAAGUUGUCAAAGACCAAAAAGUACCUUCUCUUUAUUUUUCAAUAGCUGGUAUAAUCAAACUAUUUUUCUUUCCAAAUGAAGACUUUAUUUCUGUACCAAAACCAGGUGUUUUCCAGAGGCGAAAGACCUGAUCAGCAAGUGUCUGGCCUUCGAUCCAUUCGCGCGCUGUUCGCUUGACGCUAUCCUCAACCAUCCAUGGCUGCGAAAACCGACCUCCGACUGGACCACCCUCACUGCCAAGGUUUCUGCCGGAGUCGCCGCAAAAGAUGCUGCCGUCGAAACUUCCACUUCUGCGCCUUCUGAUGAAGCAGGUAACUUGGCGUAGUCGCCCUUCGUUAACUGAAAGUUUUCGCAGGAUCCAGUGAAGUCUUAGAAGAGGUCGGCGAGGAGGAAAAGGAAGAUUUCGUCAGCGCCGAAAGCGAAGGCGAAAGCGGCGUUGGCUCGCUGGCUAGCACUACCAAGCAUGUAAGAAUCAUAUUUUCGAUACCAAGUUUCUAUUUUGAAUUAUUUUCAGAGCCAACACGAGGCGAUGCCCAUCGGUCCAGUCCGAGUCUCUAAGACCUCACUUCUGGUUCCGCCCUCUUCCAUGGAACUGAAGGCCGUGGUACAACAAGCAAAGACGAAAAGCUCGUCACAGUGCAACGGAGUGACGUCAGCUCUUCGACCUCACCACCGACGGCCGGCCCAAGCGCCCAACUUCACCGUUUUGACGGCUCUCCGACGAGCCAUGUCCAGAGAACGACAAAAGCGCGCCGGUGACGUCAUUGCCCGCUGUUGAGCAAUUCCUUCAGCCUUAGUCCAAUUUUCUCUCUAUAAAAUGAUUAGUAGAUCUCGUGUCACACUUGGAAACUACGCAAUUUCUCCCAACUUCUGGGUUUCAUGGAGAAAUAGCUCGAUUGUUCCAUUCCCCUGUCUAUUUGUACAUUCUAUUGUGCUCCUUUUCUUGACUCACUGCUUUAUUUCCCUCAUGUUUGUAUGACUUUGAAGACGACGAUGAGAAUACGGGACUCAAAACUAUGAGAAAAAACAAAACAACGCCCUUUUUUUCCGUGUUGUGACGUUUUAGACACACCGCACUUGCGUGUACGAUGUACCAUUUGUUUUAUAUGAAAUAAAUUUAUUUCACUUUAUUUUUCAUUUCUGUCAACACCAAAAUAUGUUUGAAGCGUCGCGUCUGCGUUGCGGAUUUCGACGCGGCUUCCAAUCAAACAGUGUAAUAGGCAGUGUUAAUCGCGAGGAAUGUGAAAAAAAUUGGCGUUCAGUGUGAUUUGAUGUGACAGCCGCACCUUCGUUCUUCCUUCUUCGAUUCGAACACCAAAAUAUAGUGUUUUAUAGGAUAGCUAAUGGAAACGUGAGAAAUUGGCCGAUUAUCAAACUUCGAUCGAUCUCACCGGUCAUUGCCUCACGCGAUAAGAAAAGAACGCUUCCGGCGAUUCAAUUCUUUUGACCGGUUAUUUGGGAUGCUGAUCAUCGUGAGAAUCAUCAAACUAGUUAUAAUUAGUUUCAAAACGCGGCAAACACAAUGAUAAGGGAGUAAGAUGAACUUAGUUUAACUUGGGUACAAUUUUUUUACUUAAAAGUCUAUUAGUUACCAAAAAAAUCUGCUUUCUCAUCCUUUACAAAUUCCAAAAAAACAAGUGAGGUUGCAAUAUGAUCCAACGAGCUCAAAAUAGAUUCUCUUCUUGUUUUCUUCUUAAUUUAUGUUCUAAAAGAGCUUUUCCUGCUGUUCGAAAAGUCGAGAGAAAAAAGACGUCACACUUGUUAGCUACUUUUUGCGAACUUGAAACCCCGCUAAUAAGGUGAAAAAUGAGAAAGAGCUUCUCGAAGAAAUUUUGUAGAAAACCGAGAGAAAAGCAUCGGAAAACCUUCUAAGAAAGUUCUACAUCUCUUGAUUUUUGAAUUUUAAACAGGAAAAAAAAUUGAAAAAAGGUUGAAUAUCAUCAUCGUUGAGAACCUCAACUCUAAUAAACCUGACGCUUCUUGAUAAAUGGAUAAAUUGAAAGAGAAAACUUCAAAUGACCAGAUAAGAUCCUGAUCACAGUUCAAAAUUUGAUUUCGCCGUUUUCUGAAUUAUUUGGUUUGGAAUUUCAAUAUGUGUUUAACUUUUACUUUGAUUUGAAGUUUUUUAGCUUGCUCCCAUGCUUUCCGAGGCCGCCAAGCGGUCCUUGUUUCGGGUCAGACUCACCGAAAAACUUUUCGGGUUUUAGUGCGAAGUGAUUAUCAAAAAGAUAAGUCUUUCGAAGUCAGCCGAAAUUCCCUCACUUUUCGAACUUCGGAACGGCAGCGGGUCUGCCGGAUCCAGCCGCACUGGCAAACGCGGAAAAGCAAGAAAAGUGACACUUCCAGGGGCUGACAGGACCGCGCGGCGGAUAAAAGCUCCGGAGCCGCUGACCAGUGGUCUGACAUGCGUUUGCUCCUCCGGCUCCUGCUUGUGGCCGCCGCCGUCGCCGCGGCCGCGGAGCCGCCAAUCAACGCCACCGUCCAAGUCAACCAGACACAAGGUACUUUGACCCCAACUGUUUUCAUUUCAACUCUUUCCUUUUUUGGUUUGAACUCGUUAAUGUUUGAUCGCAUUGUCGGAUUACUGUAAUUGUGUAUUAUUUUUCGCAGCAAUUUUGUAGUCUGGAACACAAUAAUGAGGAUUUUUGAACGGAUUGUAUUCAAUGAUGUUUUUUUUUAAUUCUUGAAUUUCUCAGUUGGAAAAGACAGUAAAAAAAUUUUUUUCAAAUAAUUUCGCUUAGGCUUGCAGACUAUUCGAAAAUUUUUUUGAUUCUGUUAUUUUGAGUGAUAGACUUUUUUUUUUGAGUCAUUAGGUUAGAUUCACGAAAGUUGAAAAAAAGUUACCCUAUUCUGUCUUUUUCUCCACUUUUGGAACCAUGGUUGAAACCAGUUCUCAAUAUUUUGACUUCUGCGAUAAAUCUCACGAAGAUCACAAUAAAGAAUAACCGGUCAUAAGAAUUGGAUGCGCGGAAAAUUUUUUUUCGAUUGAAAAAACAAGUUAAAACUUUUCUAGCCUUGAAAACUGUAAAAAGGUUUUCACAGAAAAAAUAUAUACAAUUUUUUUUUUGAAAGAAACUUCUAAGCUCCACAAAUCAAUUUUUUAUUUUUUAAAUUGUAGGGCAUCACAAAAAAGUAACUUUUUUCAGCGCCAGAAGUGGUGGUCCCGAAAAUCGCCCGCGACCAAGGCUCCUUGCUCAUUACGACGUUCCCAGCAGUUACGAAAAUCAGACCGAAGAAGAAAAAUUCUCGGUUGGUGAGUUCAUUUCACUUACUUGAUUGAAAAUAAGUCAAAAAGACACUUUUAGAACAAUCGUGAAGAGCCAAACGUUGAGAAGUCGCGCGGAUUGAGUGAGUUGAACUGAUUGGAUAUUUUUUUUCUUUUUUGUACCAGAUCCCGUGAAAAGAAACAACUUGAAAAAUAUCAAAAAAAAUAAUGUUGGCAGAUUGAAUUUGGAAAAAAAAAUUUUUCAAUUUCUUUGAAGUUGUAAAAAAUAAAGUUUGAGAAAAUUUAUUUCAGUUUUAGCGUGACCUAGGAAAACUUAAGAGAUUGACAAUCAUACCAUUUUUCUUUCAGCUCAUUCAAACACUUCAAUAGGGAAUUUAGAACAGACUCCUGCACCAGCGGCGGUCUUUAAUCUGAACAGCUAUUUUUUCGGAAGCUUCUUGUUUUUCGAGCUUGAAAGUGAUAUUUCCAGGAAAACUUAAAAAUAUCUUGUUUUUGAAACGUGAUCCUUGCUGUCAUUUCUUUUCCAUCUUUUGUAGCCAAAGUUCCAAAACAACUGAGGCCGACCAACGUGAAAAUUUUGAUCGAUUUCUGUUUACGCAAUAAUGCGGGACACUUGGCACAAAAUUGUUUUAUCCCGAAAACUAACAGAUUUUUCAUACAUCACCUGAAUUAAGGUGCAUUCGAAGAAAAGAAAAUCGCCACGGGUUCUUCCUAUUCUCUGUACCUGAGCAAGCCUCACACAGCCAUAACUGGGGAUCCAUACGCUAAGUUUGAUGAUUUGGAAAUAUAUUCUUCAAAUUCGAGCCGAUUUCAGUGGAUAUCGAGGAAAACCUGACUCUCAAAUCGGUCAAAAUGGAGCAAAUAUGGGAGGAAUCACGCGUUCUGGAAAUUCGAAGAGAACUUUUGGAAGUUAUGGUGAGUCUUUUUCAUCAUAAAAAGAUAGAUAAAUGAUUUUUAAUUAUUAGAGAAGAGUAUCGUCAAGAAUCGAAAAAAAUAAAUUAAGGUUUAGAAUAGAGUUACUUAAAAGCUUUUAAAUUUUUCACUUUGCACCUUGUGAGGUAAAUCAUUAGUGUGAUGUCAGUGAUGUCCACAAAAAAUUUUUCCUUUUUUCAUAGGAAGCAAGGAUAGAAUUCUUAUCAAUGUAAAGUAGAGAAAAUAAAUUUAACUCGACAAAAAACCCAAGUUUCUUGUGAAGAAUAUUCCAAAAAGUAUUCGCGUUUUACAGGGAGCGUUGAUAGCCAAAAAGGACAGGCUUCUAUGAACCGCGCCACUGGAUCAUCCUACGGAAACUCCGAUGGUGGCUAUGGAAGUUAUGGUACUGGGAAAAAAAACCAAAGUUUUUCAACGUUCAGUGUUUUAGAAGGAAACCAUGCCCAGAACUGGAACAACGGCAACAACAACAAUAACUACAAUGGUUACAGCAGCAAUAACGAGAACAAUAACCAAAAUUACAACAAUGGAAACGGAUACGGCGAUCAGAACGGCUGGACCAGCCCCAAUAGUAACUCUGGCGGCGACUGGAACAACCAAGGUUACGGUGGCUCUUCUGGAGACGAGUAUGGCUCCCAGCAAGGGAAAAGUUCGAGUUAUGGAGAUUACGGCAACGCUGGAACCUCUGGAAACUUUGGAAGCGGACAGAGUAACACAGGAGGCGGUUACGGUGACUCGAACGGAGGAUACGGUAGCUCCUCUGGAAACGAGUAUGAAUCCAAUCAGAGAGGAAAUGGCGGCUAUUCAUCCGGCUACGGUACCUCAGAAGAUGGGUACAGUAACGCUGGUGGCAACACUCAAGGCGGACAGAACUGGUGGCCCGAAACCAGCAACAGCAAUGAUAAUAAUGAAAACAGCAAUCAGAACUACGCCGGCAGUAACCAAGGCUACGGUCAGAACUCUUAUGGAGGUCAAGGCGAAGGUUCAAACUACGGACAGCAGCCAAGCAGCAGCAACUACGGCGGGUCCUAUGGAGACGGCUCCUCUGGAUCUAACUACGGCGGCUCUAACGCUGGCUAUGGACAGUCUGGUCCUUAUGGAGGCUCAGACUCUAACCAAGGGCAAUCCACGACCAAUCAAGAAAAUGGAGGCUGGGGCCAGACUAAUUCCAAUUAUGGAAGCAAUAACGACAACAGUCCACAAGGCGGUUGGGGACAGUCUUCUUCACAGCCGGACUGGGGAUCUUCGUCUCAGUAUGGCAACUCUCAACAGCCCUAUGGUCAGACUCAGAAUGGCUAUGGAAGUGAUACCGAUGGAGGCCAACAAAAUGGCUGGGGAUCGUCAUCUCAGUAUGGAAACUCUCAGCAGCCCUAUGGUCAAGGCCAGAACCAGAACAACUAUGGCAGCGACAACGACAACAGCCAGCAAGGGGGCUGGGGUCAGGCUUCUUCUUCAUCUCAGUACGGCUCUCAGCAGCCCUAUGGUCAGACUUCUUCCCAACCAGACUGGGGAUCGUCCUCCACUUCAUCUCAAUACGGCUCUCAACAACCUUAUGGUCAGACCCAAAAUCAAAACAACUAUGGAACUAAUGAGAACGAUAAUUCCCAAUGGGGACAGUCCAACUCCAACUACGGUAGCAACACCAACGAUAAUAGUCAGCAAGCCGGAUCUGGAUCGUCUCCAGAUUGGGGAAGCUCGUCUCAAUAUGGAAGCUCUAACCAACAAGGUCAGAACGGCUGGACGAACAAUAACUACAACACAGACUAUGGCAACCAGCCAAGCGGCUCUUCUUAUGGAACUUCAGACUACGGUGGCUAUCAACCAGAUUCCAGCCAGUCCUACGGCGCUCAGAACAGCGGCUACGGCGACCAGAACGGCUACUACGGCAGCGGACCUGUCGCCAACACCGGUUUCAACGUCGCGCCGCAGCCGAGCUAUGUCAGCGGUCCGAACUACGGCGUCGACAUGUCGCUGGAGUACGGUGGCGGCGGUGGUUACGGUAGCAACAAAGGCAAAAAGUCCAAGGUGUCGCUGGCGCUGACCGGUGACCACGAAGAGGUCCACGACGGCUUCAAAAAGACUGCUUGAGCAAUCGUUAUUUAAUAAUUUAUGUGCAAAUCGGAGGGUGUAGUUUCGAGCAUUGAGAUCUGAUUUAUUGUUCUUUUUGCUCGAAACUAGCCGAUAUUUAUUAUUUGUCUCGUCCUGUAGUUUUUGUUCACGUUGUUGUAAAAUUGAUGAUAUGAAACGUUCAAGCUUCGUUUUUCUUUCGAAGUUCGAAGAAAAGAGAAAUAACAUGAUUAAAUUUAAAGACAAGAUUCAAUUUUUCUGUUUUUUUUCUAACAAGGUCGCAGUUAGUCAAAGUUGGAGAAAGGGGUAAAAUUGGAAAUAGCAAACAAAGAAAUUGAGAAGUAAGGUAAUCUGCGAUCCUCAUGCUUUUAUAAUUUCACAAAAAACGAGAGAAUGUUCAGGCUUCUUUCGGAUUAGUGGAAGAAGUAUUUUAAAACACCUUGUUCAUAUUUGAAAUGAAGAUUUUCUCUAAAAUUACCACACUUUAUUUGUUAUAAAACAAUAUUUUCCGAAGAAAUACGCCAACCGUUGCCAUGGCGACGUCAAAUAGAGUUCUUCUUCAUGACCAAAUUACAAAUUUCCUCCUUUUUCAAAUCGAAUUUUCACAAGCAGAAAAGCUCUCAAAUCGUUUAUCAAAGAAGAAUUCAGGUUUUCAAGAAAUUUCAGAUCUCUUGAAAUAAAAAGUCGGAAAAGGCAUUGCAAUGAAGCGACUCGAGCUCGGCCAUCUUUUUCCAAGCGACGGUAAUUUUUGUUGCUAUUUAAGUGUGCUUCGGAAAAACUUGAAAAUACGAGGAGAAAAAAACUUUCCAUACAAAUAAUGGCAGGAUUGUUCAAUUUACCUUAACUUUUCAGAACGACUGGCCAAUUUUCCUCUGCAAAUGUCGCUGCACCUCAAUAUUUCGCUCAUGCCAUUUCAUUUUAUUUCCAGUCUUCUAUGCUUAUAUUUCAAAGUAAUUGUUUCAAAUGAGACGAAUCGAUCCAUAAAGAAACUUUCAGUAUGAAAAGCUCUCCUUGAUUUACCGAGUGAUUUUAUUCGCUGCCAGUAUCGUUCACUUUUCGGCUGAAAUCAUUCGACUAGUCCUCGCCUUUUAUGGCAACUUGUUCGAAAAGGUGGUCAAAAUGAAGCAUCUAUACAAUUUGUGAUCCGAAAACAUUACAGAUGUCGGCUUUAUCCGGUUUUUUGAUAACUUCGGCCGUUAUUCAGCUUCCCAUCACCAUUUUUCUUCUUGUGAACACUGCUUUCAGACAAUUACCUAUCGAAAUCGUCUUAUUCACUCUGAUCAUCGGUUUUAAUGUGUUCCAGGUAACAUUCUUAUACUCUUUGCAAAAGACCGGUUUUCAGAUCGUGACUGGCACGAUGACCAUCAAACGCAUUGCUGACCACCAAAUGAAAGCUUUCGCUAAACUAAUUGCUUCACAAACCCAAUUAACCGCUCCGACAGAAAGCAAUGUUCAAUAA